UUAUUGGCCGCAUGUCGCAGCCCGCAGCUUUGCGCGGAUAAACAGCAGCUGUGCGCCGCGGAGCAACAAAAAAAGGAAACCCAAGAACACAAUCAUUCCCAUCGAAAGAUUUAAAGGAAAUAAUCUUCCCAGCAGUACAUUCAGUAGUUAAUCUAAAACUACUUUAACGAUAUUAAUCCCCAAAACGGAGCACCAUCGCCUCCGUGAAGCUGCGUAAACACCCGGAGUGGUUUUUUUUUUCUGUUUUCCGCACAGACGCAGACGACUCCCUCCUGCUCGGCAGCGGCCUCCAUUUUAGCUUCCUUGCCCGGUCGGUGCCUCACGUGUCCUGGACUGUCUUUCUCACAUGACCCGUGUGUUUGUCCCCGUGAUCAGCGCUUCCAUCUCCGUAAAUCAGUGUCGUUGAAUAUCGGCGUUUUACACCCGCAAAACCUUCAUGGAUAUGCUGGAGCAGAGUCUGGACAGCUCGGCGAGUCACGACAAACAGGAAACAGAGGAGGUGGUGCAGCUACAGGAAGGAGAGGCGGUGGGGACGGUGGAGCAGACUGCAGUGACCAUCACCGGUGUCCCGCAGGCUGCGUUCACUGACCACAAUGUGCAGUACCAGUUUCGCACAGAGAACAGUGGAGGACAGGUGACGUAUCGGGUGGUUCAGGUGACAGACGAUCAGUUAGAAGCCACAGCUGAUGGGACUGGAGCUGUCAGCGUUGUCUCCGCUGCAGCGUUUGCUGGAGCCCCUCAGGCAGUGGCACAGGCUGUUAUCCAGAACCCCUUCAGUAAUGGGGGCAGUCCUGGGGGGGAGACUGUGGGAGGAGAGACACGUUUCGCUUAUUUCCCAGCCACCACAGUCGGCGACGGGACAGCAGUGUCCGUGCAGGCCACCGCCGACCCAACGAUCGCACAGGCAGGAGGCCAGUUUUACGUGAUGAUGAGCCCCCCCGAGGUGCUACAGACGGCGGCCCCUCGUACCAUUGCCCCACGCACACACACCUACACUGCAGACCUUGGUGAAAGCGAGAUGUUGCAGCAUGGCAGUUCAAACUGGAAGGUGGAGGGUCCACGGGCGCCCAGAGAUGAGAGGCGAAGAGCACAGCACAAUGAAGUGGAGAGAAGAAGAAGAGACAAGAUUAACAACUGGAUUGUCACACUUUCAAAAAUCAUCCCUGACUGUAGCAUAGACAGCAGAACUGGAGCGAGUAAAGGAGGCAUCCUGUCCAAAGCGUGUGACUACAUCCGAGAGCUGCGUCAGAGUAACCAGCGACUGCAGGAGAGUUACAAAGAGGUGGAGCGAGUCGAGAUGGACAACGAGCUGCUUAGACAACAGAUUGAGGAGCUGAAGAACGAUAAUGCGCUGCUUCGGGCUCAGCUACAGCAGCACGGCGUAGAAGUCAAUGGAGAUGCAACACCACAGUGAUUGUGGACUGAACAUAUGUAACCUCACAAACACAAUGUCGCAUCCUCCCACCCACCUGAACAAUACCAGGAAAGGAAUAACAAUGAGAGACAAUUUCCUGCUGAAAUUGGACCACACAAACACACAGGGCUCGAGAAGAACACGGAAGGACUGCAAACGCCUCCUCCAGCUCCAGCUGUUCAAGGCUGAACGCUCUGAAAUCUGUUAACUGUGUAGCUAACCGGACCGCUCACCUCUGCUUCAAGGAACCUCUGCACAGCUCCACCACGCUUGCACCAAACUUUCUUUUUACUUUAAAUUAUGAAUCUUGCCACAGAAAAUUUUCUUUUAAUGGUUUCACCUUUUUUAUCAUUCUGCAAACUUCUCCUACUUCUUCCCUUUUUUUGUUGACAUUGCUGUGGAAACUACUCAAUGUGACAUGAAUGAUAGCUCCCAUUUACUUUUAAUUUAUUAGUGUUUAAGGAAUGUGUACACAGAAUGAAAAAUGUGUGUGUGUGUGUGUGUGUGUGUGUGUGUGUGUGUGUGUGAGAUUGAUUUCUUCAAUAUCUGCCUCUUUACACUGACACUCCAAGCACCAGGCAGAGCUCACAAACUUUAUAAACACAAUCCAAUGUGGGUAAAUAAAAUAAAAAUCUAUAUUUCUUUUCUUACAGUCAAAGUAAAAGCCGCUUUGAGGCAUGGAGGUUUUAUUUUCAGUGCAAGGCCUUAAUAGCAGUCUGUUGGAGAAUUUAGGUGUUAACAUAGCUCAGGUACUUGUGAUGGUGCACUGGCAAGUGGUUCCCAGACUCAAUGAAGUCUUUACAUAUAGAGUUUAGAUCUCUUGUGUCCCCCAUUAGGUGCAAUGUACAGAUAUUGAGAAUAAGGAGGUGAUUUUCAAAGUGGGAAUCAUUUUUAAUGGGCAUUAAAAUAUUGGUUGAUUUGUAUGUCGGCUUAAUAGGUCACUGGUGUAAUGCACUGAAGUAGAGGUUAAGUCUUGGUUUGAGACCGACUGCUGCAUUUUUAGUGGAGACCAAAGGUGGCUUUUUUUGCAAUCCCUAAUUCUCUAAAACGUUGGGAACCUUUACUUCCGACAGACCAUAAAACAACCAUGGUCCGGGAUGUGCUGAGGGUAGUUUGGAUGCAAGUGAUAAUAGUUGUAACUAACCAGCUUUUGUCUACACUGAAAGUCACCACAGCAUGGAAAUAUAACCACUGGCAUGACUAAUUCUGAUACUACAAUAAAACAGAAGUGUUUAUACCUAA